GAGUACAAGUACCUGUACCGUACUUUGAUAAAUCUGCGGCACUUGAAAAGUUGUACAAAUACUUAUAACCCCCCCCUUUUCCCCCUUUAAUCCUUGGCAAGUGAACAACAAACGAUUACUGUACCGGUACCCAUACAAACACACCGCUCACCACACCGCCCACCACACAGUCCCUUCUUUACAUUGCGAGUGGAAACAAGUUUUUACCCCUCUUUUCAUUUCCUUUCGUCCGAGUCCCGUCGUGAGAGUAAAUCCGAAAUUACUCGAACCCGGUUACGAUCAUCAUUCAAAAUAUACCUCACACGAUCCUCCAUGCCAUUUUCCGGAACCCCGCUUCUUGUAAUUGGCAAAGAUGACCAGCGAAAUGAACAAUGUGGAAGUGGAACCUCUCGGAGUUCUUCAAGUACUUUUUCUUUUCUUCCACCCCGACCUCGAAUCCUCCACAAAGUGCUGAUUGUGAUUGUCAAUAGUCCGAAUUCCCCACCCUCGACUCCGCCCUAAUCGCAGCAAUACUUAACGAUACCAACGACCUGAACGACGCUCGCCAAACGCUCGGUAUACUGAGGUCGCAGACCAUCCUUGAUGAUGGCGCGCUUCCAGGCCUCGACUCCUGUCCCGAACUCUGCGAGGGGUCGUCAGAAACCGACCUGACCUGGCAGACGGAGGAGAACGAUGGCGAGAACCCACCGGACAAGAUUGACGCCUUACAGAAGAUGUUUCCGGAAUUGGGCACGUACACGCUCAGGCGAGUGCUCGGCGGCGUGCAGGGCGACGUAGAUCGCGCAAUAGACGAGCUCUUGAAUCGCGCCUUUUUGGACGGUGACGAGGAGGGGGGAAAGAUGAAAGGGGUCGAUGCGUUUGAUGGGGAGCUGGUAUGGAAUUGGGGCGGCAAGAAGGGGAAACGGAAAGGACAGAGUGGGAACGGGAAGGGGGGAGGAGGGAGGGCAAGUUCAGCAUCCGAUGAGAAUUUGCAGAGCGACAACACCUCAGAGUCCCGUUGGGUAGUGAUGUCUCGGGAAGUAGAUUAUCUGGCGGGUUGCUUAGGUCUGGAACGGGGGAAGGUGCAGUCUGUUUACCACUGCCAUAACGGGUCGAUGGGUCAUACGAUUGCCGCUCUGUUGAACGAGUGCGAUGGUGGUGACUCACAGGACCCAACACAUCUCGACGAACUCCACGCUUUAGCGGGGAAAUUUGGGGCAACUGUGAAAACAGAUCACCUAGCCAAGCUCUUGCUGCUCUGUGGGGAGAAUAAAACUGCCCUAUUCCAACUCGCCGAGAUUCUUUCCUGCAACCCUCCUUCUAAACAACACCUCCUCGGAGCAUCCUCUCCAACCUCCCCCUCUCGCCCAUGGACAGCAGCUUGCCAAACAACACCAACAGUCAACACCAAUUGGACAGUAAUCGGCACCGUCCCUUGGCCCCCCACCUCACCCUCAAUCUACGCAUCAACCUACACGAGCGCACGCAACGAAGCCUUCGCCAAAGCUAGCGCCGCACACCGAAAGUCCAAAUCCGAUCGCUUGAUGUCCGGGGCGGCAGCCGUCUACAGUGAACAGGGACAUGAAUACAGCAACAGAGCGCGAGAAUACAGUGACAUCGCCGCUGAGACGCUAGUAGACCAGAAUUCUAGCGGGGAUACGCUAGAUUUACAUGGCAUCACGGUGAAGCAAGCGGUGAAGAUUUCGCGGGAACGCACGACUCAGUGGUGGGUCAGGGAGAGCAACAACAGGGAAUUGAGACGGGGAGGGGUAAAGGCGCUGUGUAUUGUUACGGGGUGUGGAAGACACUCGAAGGACGGGAAACCAAGACUUCUACCGGCGGUCAGUAAGAUGUUGAUUCGUGAGGGGUGGGAUAUCCAGGUCCAGGGGGGGCAGGUUCUGGUUUGGGGGGCUAAAGCGCGGGCGGGGAGGUAG